AAGCUGGUAUACAUGAUUCAUCGACUUUCUUCUAUAAUUUAGUGGAAUUUUGACUAGACUUUGAUGUUAAUGGUUUUAUUUUACAGAAUUACAAAGGUCUGCCCUUGUAGAAUCUGCAUUCUUUAAAUAACUUUGCCUCUCUUCACAUAAGACAGGCAAUUGGCAAGAAAGCCAAAGUCAAUGAGUCUGAUUCUCUCAUGCUGCAGGGUAAAACCCAUCAUGUGAUUAACCCAGAUCAAUACUCAGGAAUAUUUUGUUCUGAUCCCGCUGGUUAUGCCAAAGAUGUGCAAGAUCACAUUGCUUAUGGUACUUCAGGAAAAUUUGUUGGAUUUAUACCUGAAAUAAUUCAGGGAGUUGGAGGAGCAGCUGAAUUAGCCCUUGGAUACUUGAAAAUAGUUCAUGAAAUUGUACGCAAAGCUGGAGGUGUGUGCAUUUCUGAUGAAGUGCGAAUUGGAUUAACCACAAAGGAAGCCAUUUUUGGUGGUUUUGAUACACAAGGAGUCAUUAACAUAGUUACAAUGGCAAAGCCUUAUGGACCUUGCCCAGUGGCCCUAUAAAAUAUACAAGUAUCAUCUCUUAGGGUAUCAGCAGCGGUAUACCAUGUCCUGGGAGUGGGAGCAGUGAUGACAACACCAUAAAUAGCAAACGUGAUUGCUUAGAAAUUUCAAAGACACUUUUAGUGGGAACCCUGUCUGUCCUGUUGGUGGACUUCCAGUGCUGAGAAUUGUUGAGAAAGAGAAGAUCAAGAACAUUGUGUUGACGUGGGUUCCUACAUGACUGGCCGCGUGAGAGCCCUUCAGCGAAGACAUGACAGUAAUUUCCUUUAAACUUUUCAUCUCAAACGCACGCUAAAAGUAUAAAGCGAAUCAUUGGGGUAAUUUCUCUCAUUGUGUUGACUAUCUGUUGGCUUAAGCCAUCUACAGGCUGUAUUUGCGUCCUCUAAAUUUGCGGCUGGUCAGCGAAUCAUUGGGGUUUGAACACAAGCAAACCUCUUUGAUAACUUUUAGGAACCUUUUGUAUUCAUUGGAAAAUAUACUCAAGUAAUCUCCAUGAGCUUACUAGUUUAUUAAGGACAUCGCCAGUCUGAGUGUGUGACGUUGUCUGCAUGCAUGUGCUAACAUGUCUCCAGAAAAGUUAUUAGGCAAAUUGAAUUGCUUGGGAAAGUCUGUGCACUGCAUGCUAGCUGUACAGAAAAUAAAUGUCUCAAGUGAAGCCAUUAAGAGACACGUGUAGGAUCAAUGAAUUUGCUGCUCCUGUCCAGACACACGAUGUUUUCAUCAUAUUUGUAAAUCUGACUAUUUAUAAGUUCUAAAUUACUACUUCAUUAUGCAAUAUAUUUUGUUCUAAAUAAGUGGUACUGUAAGCAGUUCUAGUAUUCUUAAUUUCCUAUAUUUUAGUUUCAUUCAGUGGAGAUGUAAGGAGGAGGGAUUUAACGGUGAGGAUAGAACUCAUGACUGACAAGAAGGAGAAGACACCUACCAAGUCAGAAACUGCAGUUUUGUUUGAGAAA